AUGCGAUCAUUGAAAAUGUUUGUAUUUAACGGUUUGGAAUUUCAAUGCGUUAACACCACUUGUAUAUCUUACGUCAAUCAAACGACGGAAGAUGUUCUCAAAUGUCGAAUAACUUGUCUAUCGCUGCUUCAAUGUAAAGCGGCUAGUUUUUAUCAAUCAACUUUGGUCUGUCAGUUAUUUACUGAUACAUCGAUUCAGAACGCAAAUAUGUUGGUCAAUUCAAAUGUGAUUUCAUUAAUUGUUCAAAGUGAAACUCGAAUACCACCUGAGCCAACUACGUCAACAACAUCAAGCACGACGUCAACAACAUCAAGCACGACGUCAACAUCAACUACUACUUCAGUAGCUACUAAUGUACUCAUCUUUACUGGCGUUCAACUCGAUUUCAAUCCAUCAUCGUUACCAAGUGGAUGGUCUCUGUGUUAUUCAGCAACAUAUGCAACGAUUAUGGAAGUAAGUUCCCUGUCAUCGAUUUUAUCAUCAUGCAAUAAAAACAAUUUGCUACUUGGAUGUCGACCGGCAGGUAGCGUGAAUUUGACCGUAGCAGCAAUGGGUAAUCGAAAUGAUGUGCUUUACAACUGCGGAUCCGUAAUUAAUUGUAUCCAUAUUGCGAACGGUGUAGGUUGGUAUUAUUCAGAUUCAUACUCAUGGGGUUUCGUAUCUGGUGGUGACACUGUAACACGAUCCAGCUGUGAUACUGCUUCAACAAAUGCUAACUAUCGGUUAUGUUGGCAUACUGCUAGUAGUGGUGGAUAUAGAUGUGGUUCAACAACAGGACUUAACAGCGAUACAUCUUGGGAAAAGAUUAUUUAUCAAUCAAAUUGA